AUGCCGAGGGAGAUCAUCACAAUUCAGGCCGGCCAGUGCGGCAACAGCAUUGGCAGUCAGUUCUGGCAGCAACUGUGUCAGGAACAUGGCAUCAGUCAAGACGGCAACCUUGAAGACUUCGCGACUGAGGGUGGCGAUCGAAAAGACGUCUUUUACUAUCAGAGCGACGACACGAGAUACAUUCCAAGAGCCAUUCUGAUUGAUCUUGAACCACGCGUCAUCAACGGUAUACAAACAGGACCCUACAAGAACAUAUACAAUCCCGAAAACUUCUACGUCAGCAAAGAUGGUGUGGGUGCAGCCAACAACUGGGGUGACGGCUACCAGACUGGCGAGAAGGUGUUUGAGGACAUCAUGGAGAUGAUUGACCGUGAGGCCGAUGGUAGCGAUUCGCUCGAAGGCUUCAUGAUGCUGCACUCCAUCGCAGGUGGCACUGGAUCUGGACUUGGGUCAUUUCUCCUCGAGCGUCUGAAUGACCGAUUUCCGAAGAAGAUCAUACAGACGUACUCCGUCUUCCCCGACACAACGAACGCUGGCGAUGUCGUUGUUCACCCCUACAAUAGCGUGCUGGCCAUGCGACGUUUAACACAAAAUGCGGACUCUGUGGUGGUGCUUGACAACGGUGCUUUGUCAAGGAUCGCCGCCGACAGACUGCACGUCCACGAGCCGUCCUUUGCACAAACUAAUCAACUUGUUUCCACUGUCAUGUCUGCGAGCACCACGACCCUGAGAUACCCUGGUUAUAUGCACAACGACCUUGUCAGCAUCUUAGCCUCCCUCAUCCCGACCCCACGCUGUCACUUCCUGAUGACAUCCUACACCCCGUUUACUGGCGACCAAGUUGAGCAGGCAAAGACUGUUCGGAAGACCACAGUGCUGGACGUGAUGAGGCGGCUUCUUCAACCUAAGAACAGGAUGGUGUCAACGCAACCUGGGAAGAAGAGCUGUUACAUCUCUAUUCUCAACGUCAUUCAAGGCGAAGUUGACCCGACUGAUGUCCACAAGAGUCUUCUUCGCAUCCGAGAGCGAAGAUUGGCAACUUUUAUCCCCUGGGGUCCUGCAAGCAUCCAGGUCGCAUUAACAAAACGGAGUCCCUACAUUCCAAUGGCACACCGUGUUAGCGGGCUGAUGCUAGCUAACCACACGAGUAUUGCCACGCUGUUCAAACGAAUCGUCAAGCAGUUUGAUGGUAUGCGGAAACGAAAUGCCUUCAUGGAGGGCUACAAGAAAACGGCUCCCUUCGCAGAGAACCUCAACGAAUUCGACGAGUCUCGUCAGGUGGUGCAGGACCUGAUCCAGGAAUAUGAGGCGGCCGAGGACGCCAAUUACCUGAACCCUGAAGCAGAAAUCCCAACUUCUGCAGAGACAGACAAGAGAAUGGGUUGAGGAUCCUGAGGAGAAAGCGUCGUGUAACUUAGUGGGGAUGGCGCGCCAAGAAUGAAGGCAUGACAUGAUUGUACCUGAGCGCUUUGAUAUGACAAGGUUUCCGGCAUCUUCCAUUGGGAGAGUUAGGCGUUUGGGGCUAGAGCAUCCGUACCUGGGAUCGCGACACGAGGGCAAUAGCCUGAAAGGAUCUGUUUGACAAACCAUGCACGGC